CCACAUAGACAACAUAGACGUUUAUGAAAAGUUUAUAAUGAUGAUUAAAUCGGAUGAGGCUAUAUUGUACAAGGAGGACCCGACUAACUAUGUUGAUGAACUUCAACAGAUUGGUGUAUUAACGACUCGUGUUUUAAACAAAGCUCAAUCGAUAGUCGAUCAAGAGAAAUUAUCAGGAACAUCGUUGGUAAAUAACCCAGAGGCAAAUUACAAGACUGUAACUGAUAAGUCUACAUUGAAUGUAAUAACUCUCAAAGUAUUAGAGGAAUAUUACUGGUAUCUUGUUAUAGCUGAGCGAGACUUUGAUACAAUGUUGUACAAUCACCAAGUCGUGUCGGUAUAGCUUGGAGUAAUGUUAAUUCUCGUCUAACUUUACUGCGGGUGACGCGCAAAUAAGAAUUCUUGGAGUAUGGCGUCACUAGGUCUUUAAAUCAUCUGCGUGUGUGAAGACAUUGAGUACUCUCUCGUGUGUGAAUUUUAAGACGGAUUUGGACCGUCGAAGAAAUUUAUAACUGACUUUAGUAAAUCCGUCCCAGGGUCACGCUUUCGUAGCCCAGUCAAAAGUUUUUAUACAGUAUGCCUGUGGAAUACAUUCUGUCCGGUAGCUUAUAGACAACUUUAUUCAUGAUUUUGUGUAGCUAUGUUUAUCGUACUGUGUAGUUAUAUAAGCUCUAAGUAUCAAACGAUAUUCGAAUUUCUUUAAUAUUUAUUUCGAUACAUUUUAGCAUUUCAUAUUUAUACUUAUCGAUCAAUUUCCUGUAUAACAUUUGUAUAUGUUUUAUGUAAAACGCAGAAUAUAGUUUUUAGCAAUGACAAUCAUUACUGUGUUUUAUCACCUUUGCAAUUAAGUAUGUUUUUAAAUUGUCUCUUAGAAACUAUAAAAAUAUAAUUAAUAAAGAAAAUAAUAAAAAUAACACUAUAGGCCUACAUUAAGUCUUAAUUU